UCGGAUCCGUGACGACAACAUACUCACUCUUAUGAUCAGAUCAGGCCCCAGAUUGCAGGCCAUACUGAGAAGCCUCAAACCGAACAGUGCACCUCUCCACACAUCAGCAGGACUCGCCAUGCGCGCCGUAAUCUACGAUAAGACUGGGGACUCCUCCGUCCUCCACGUUGGCGACAUUCCUAAGCCGAAAAUCGGACCUAGCGAUGCCCUCGUAAAAGUUGACUAUGCAGGCGUUAACUUCAUCGACGUUUACUUCAGAACUGGCUUGUAUGCAACCGAAUUCCCAGCAAUCACUGGCCGUGAGGGAGCUGGCGUCAUAGAGGAGCUCGGUCCUGAUGUCCCCUCGUCCUACAAUCUCAAGGUCGGCGACAGAGUCGCGAUGUACUCUCAGAACGUCAUGGCCGAGUACGCGGCGCCUGCGGCCUCGAAGCUCAUGAAGCUGCCCGACGGCGUGUCCAACCGGGAUGGCGCAGCGCUCAUCCUGCAAGGCCUAACGGCGUGGACGCUGGUGCGCGACGCCCACGAGGUCAAGCCGGGCGACGUCGUGCUGGUGCACGCCGCGGCUGGUGGCACCGGCGGCCUCAUCGUCCAGAUGGCGAAACACCUCGGUGCCACGGUUAUCGGCACGGCGUCCACGCCUGAGAAGAUCGAGAUCGCGAAGAGGCAUGGUGCCGACCACGUCAUCAACUACUCCAACCAGAAGGUCCUGGACGAAGUGAUGAAGCUGACCGAUGGCAAGGGCUGCCACGCCGUGUUCAGCGGGAUCGGAAAGGCCACAUUCGAUGAUGACCUCGAGUGUGUUGGCAGGAAGGGCACAAUGAUCACCUUCGGAAACUCUUCGGGCGCCAUCGAGGGUUUCCGCCCCUUGGCGCUUGGCAAGAAGAACGUCAAGCUUCUGAGGCCGAGGCUGGAUGUCUACGUGUCGGAGAGGGAGGACUGGGAACAGCGGUCAUCAGAGUUGCUGGACCUUGUUGCGAAGGGUGUGGUCAAGCUGGACAUUGGCAAGGAGUACAAGAUGGAAGAGGUUCCCCAGGCUCACGAUGAUCUCGCCGGAAGGAAGAGCACAGGAAAGCUGAUUGUCAAGAUCUCGUGAUCAGAGCUCUUGUUAGAAGAAAAUAAUAGCAACGAGGAGAAUGCACACAAUUUACAGCCCUCAA